GUAUAUCUGGGUCACAUAUAGACGCUAUCUUCGCCACACAAUGAUGUCUCGCUCGGGUGGGCAGCAGGGUGUUAAUGCUUUCCCCUAGGGCUAGCUUCUGCUUUGAGACUUCAUCCUGGUCGGGCUAGCUGCGCUCUGGACGUGAUCAGGAUGCGAGCGCGGGGUGUCACCAUGAGGGGAGUGCUGCUAUGGAUCUGGCUACUUUUACUGCAGGAAGACGUUCGCGGUGUCUCUGUAGAGUUCAACUGCCUUCGAGAGGGUACGAGCUGUAAGGCGGGAGGCACGUGCACCCCGGAUGGAGUUUGUAUCUGCCCGGGCACCAGGGGAGGCUUUGACUGCUCUCACGACAACGCUACCAAUGCUGCGGAUCAGAGAAGCUGUGGGUGUCACGAGGCUGCCAAGGGAUUCUUCUGUAAGACGAACGGUGAUUGCUUCUGCCCACCAACACACUACGGAAACAAAUGUCAGUUCAGAACGCUACAGGUCGUCUGUUCUCUUCCUGGAAAACUAAUUACCAACAUCAAUGUCCCGGGAGCAUCUAACGCACUUGUCUUCCUCAUUGGCAAGCGAGGACGUUGUGAUUUUAGUACGACCAUCCCUGCUGACACUCCCGCAGACUGGGGUGGGACAUUCCUGGAGCUCGGCAUUGCCGCUAGUUCUACCUGUGCAGCACAGAAAGUCACGGAUUCAAAUGGGGUUGUUGGACACUGCGUGACAUCUAUGCUACAGUACAACGCCCUAUAUGAAACUGAACUGGAUCCUGUGAUCCGUCUCUGCUGCAGAAAUACCGUCAUGACCAAGAAUGUGGGACAAAUCCAACCUGUUACCGUGACUACGACGCCGGUACCACAACGGAUGUCGCUCGUUCACGCCUCCAGUACAAUCACCGCUGCCCUGGUUCUCCUGGCGGUGAGCAUGACUGCACUGCUACAAUGAAGAAACACUGAAUCGUUAGUCUCAGACUGUCCCUUGACGACGCAUGCUCCACAUAUUUCACCCAGCAUAUCCCGCCAGUCAACCAGGAUGUCAACGAAGAAUGGCUCCUGGUCGGCUGGAAUGGUUUAUUUGUCAUUUAUUCAACCGUUUGCUGUUUUCAACGGUCAAAGGUCUUAAUCCCGUUGCUAUCCAACCUAAUAAGUCGUCAAAUUGAAACAUACAUACACACAUUAGAAAAUUAUGACCACUGAAGAAAAGCACUCCACGUUUGUGUUAGGACAAUCGGUUUAAGUCAAAACACAUAUCGUAUUAGGAUCUAAAUUAAUCUGUGGAAUCGUUUAAACUACCCUAUUCCAUGCACGUGUGUCUGAAUCAAAGUUUCAACAACGUGUGACAAAACCUGUGAAAGGCUUUCAUCCGUAGAUUUAUCUAUGAAACCGGAUAAAUCUUUCUAUGGAUGACUCAUCUUCCUGGGUUAGAAAUACAAAUGCUUGUCAAUUAAAUGAUAAUAACCAGCAAUACUUGACAUCAAACUCUAAAAGCAAUAACAUGUCUGUUUAAAUGUGAAUAUAUACUAGACGAUGGAAGAAAAUACCAGUUCUGUAAUCUAUGCAAUAAUAAAGAUGUAUUACUAUUUACUGCUAUAAUAAAUAUGUUUAUUAUAUGUUA